AUGGCUCCAGCAGUUGCAGUUGCAUCAAACCAACGUGAUGUUGAAGAAGUUGUCAAGAAAUUGGCAGAAUUAAAACCAAUUAGCAGAGGUAAUUAUUCCGAAAAGCAUAUCAAAGGUGAUGGAAUUAAUGCCUUGGAUCAAUUGCCAGAACCUGCUCGUAACAGAUUCAUUAGACAUAAUGUUGAUUUAUCUCAAGGUUAUCCCGUUAAACCACCUUUUGAAAAGAUUCCAAAGUUUGUAGAUGAAGCUUUCCAAAUUAGAGAAGAAGAAUAUCCAUAUAUCGAAAGAGCCAAAAACGCUGAUCCAGAAAAGAAAGCUUUAUUUGGAGCUGCUAAAGAGGUCAUCAAUUUAACUAAGCACAUUGGUACUGAGAUUGUUGGUUUACAAUUAUCAGAGUUGACUGAUCAACAAAAGGAUGAAUUAGCUCUUUUGAUUGCUGAAAGAGUUGUCGUAUUCUUUAGAGAUCAAGAUUUGAGUCCUCAAAAGCAAUUAGAAUUAGGUCACUAUUGGGGUCAAGUUGAAGUCCAUGCUCAAGCUCCAAGAUUAGUUGAUGGUAUUUCAGUUAUCUGGUCUGAUUAUAACAGAAACAAUGGUUUACCAUUAUCAUUUAAGAAUUCUAGAAUUGGUAACUCGCAAUGGCACACUGAUUUGGUUCAUGAAAAGCAACCAGCUGGUAUUACUCAUUUACAUAAUGAUACGAUUCCUUCUGUCGGUGGUGAUACUCUUUGGGCAUCUGGUUAUGCUGCUUACGAUAAAUUAUCUCCAGCUUUUCAAAAAUUCUUAGAUGGAAAGACUGCUAUCUAUAGAAGUGCUCACCUUUAUAUUGACAGAGAAAAUCCAUUAAAGGGACCAAAGUACAUUGAAAGAGAGCAUCCAAUUAUUAGAACCCAUCCAGCUACUGGUUGGAAAUCUUUAUUCGUUAACAGAUCAAUGACUGUUAGAAUUGUAGGCUUGGAACCAGAUGAAUCUAAGGUAAUUUUAGAAUACUUACUUUCCAUUUUUGAAAAGAAUUUAGAUAUUCAAGUCAGAUUCAAUUGGGCUCCAACCAAGUCAGGUUUAGGUACUUCUGCUUUAUGGGAUAACAGAGUUUCUCAACAUAAUGCUGUUUGGGAUCAUGAAGGUUUAGAACCAAGACAUGGUACUAGAGUUACAUCAUUAGCUGAAAUUCCAUACUUUGACCCAGAAUCUAAAUCUCAAAGAGAAGCCUUAGGCUUGUCAUUGAAUUAG